AUGGUCAUUGUAAAGCUUAGAUCUGUAACCAAAAAGAUUGAUGGUGCUUUCGGUUCAAUACCAACUUCUCAGCUAUCUAGUUAUCCUACCUUACUUAAUAAGACUUUAAUUUCUUCUGUCGUUAGAAGGGUCGUGUGGUAUCCUGUGGUGCCAUUGGUAGCUCAAUUUUGUAACUCUUUCUUUGAAACUUAUGCAUAUGUUAAUCAUGUAGUCUCUUAUCCUCUAUUUUUACUUUGCUACAUUGGUAUGUCACUUCAAGGAUUACUAAACGCUUUGGUAUUUUCUCAAGAUAUUGCUGUUACUCGUGCCUUUCAGUCCAUUAAGCUACAUUGGUGGAUCACCAAUGUUAAUCGCUAUGAAUUUACCUAUCCUCAUCUAUCAUACAACAAAGCCAUUAUUGAUGAAUUCAGCAUACCAGGAAAAACAA